CCCUGGUGCGGGAGCAGUGACUGCGCAAAUACAUCCGCUCCUAUCCGAUGUAUCGGAUGCGACAUCAACAACCCCAUCGAACUUGGCUGGGCAGCCAAAAAUUCGAGCGUUUUGCGUUUAAAACUGACCACGAAAAAAUAUUAACUAGUUGGUGUGAUUAGUGACGAGUGUUUGUAUUGUAGUAACUUAAACAAUUUCAUUCAAUUAAACGCAGCUUUUCUGCGUAGUGAGUGUGCGAGAGAAACGGGCGCUGCGCCCGAUAGGGGAAAACGCGUGCGCCAGAAAGGGACCGGCAUAGUUGGCUAGAAAAGAAUCAUUUUGUAGCUGCUUUGUUUGUGUGUUUGGCAUUCACAUUUCCCCCAUUCAAUAUUUAAUUUAGUGAGCCAUUAACGAGGCGGAAAUCGGCAUUAUGCAAAAGAUAGUGCUCUAGUACAGAUCAAAAUCCGUACCAUAAAUAGUAUGUGCGGAAGAAACUUGCUUGACAUGGGUGCAUGGAUCAAAAGUUCGCUGUAAAUAGAUUAGGCAGAGCGAUUAACAAUGAAAACCAUUACGCCGGAUACGACGACGACGACGUCGUCGCAGCACCAACAACUUCUCAUUCCACAAGCGGAUCAGCAUCACCAGCCGAUGCUGCAGCAGCAAUCCCUAUUGGCCGCUCCACCGCCUACGAUGAUAAUGGAGCAUGUGAAUCUGGUGGACGAUGACGAGAAGGAUCCUCUUGCGCUGGAGCAACUGGAAGUGUCACCGUCUACCAAGCACACACACAGUCUCAGACGCCACCUGCCACGCAUUAUCGUGAAACCAAUACCACCUGAGAAGAAACCGAUGGCGCCCAGCGAAGAAGCAGCCGUCAGUACCGCUCCUGCCCCGCCCACGCGUUUAAUAUGUAGCCGACGCAUUCAGCAACAGCAACAGGUCAAAGCGGCAGCAGCAGCGGCGGCGGCAGCAGCGGCGGCAGCAGCAGCAGCGGCCGCAGCACAAGCCCAAGCCACCUCCAGCUAUCCAUCCGCCAUCUCACCCGGCAGCAAGGCGGGCACCUCUCAAGCUUCGACCAUGCGAGAGGUCCUGGCCUCCAUACCCGGUUUUAGUGUUAAGCCCCGUCGGAGGAGCAAUAAGAAGCUGACGACAGCAGCGCAGAUUGAGCAAACAAAAGACGGCAAGAUCGACCUGGAGACCCCCGACUCCAUACUGGCCUCCACCAACCUAAGAGCGCUGUUGAACAAGCAAACGUUCUCGCUGCUGCCGCCGCUCUAUCAAUACAAUCUCAUACAACUGCUGCCCAGCGUGGAUCGCGAGGCCAGCGAACUAGAGCAGCCCAGCAGCAGCGCAAGUGGAGGCAGUCCAUCGGAGGCUAUAAGGCUUAGUGCCUCAUGUCUAAACAACGAGUUUUUUGCCCGAGCCUGCUUGGAGUGGCGGGAACGACUAAGCGAAGGCGAGUUUACACCCGAAAACCAGCUGAAACUUAAAACGGAAGCAGAGCGCGAAAAGAACAAGUUGGAUCCCUGGAAGCUGAAACACUUUGAGCCCUUUUGGGGCGAAAAGAAUUCAAGGGGGAAGGAUAAGGAUAAGUUAGAAAGCGAUUGCAAGAAUCAGAAGCUUUCAGCAAGCAUAAAGAGUGAGCCCAAACCACCAGCGACAUCGCAACAAAAACCACUGCAACAAGCAACAUGUGAUAAUGAGACUGAAUUAAAAUUUGAUUUGAGCACAAAGUGCGAAACGACAUCAGCUAAAACUACAGUAGCAGUGGCAGUAGCAGAUAAAUCAAGCACGUUUCCAGCCACUGGCAGCCAGAACAAUGUGCUUAACGAACAGCAACGCCGCGCCCUCAAACGUCCAUCGAGCAGUCCUUCGCAGCGCAAGCAGGCACCCACAACGAUAGCGACCAUUAAUUUGGACGAUGAUCUCGACGAGCUGCCCAGCACAUCAAAGGACAGCAAGCAGCCGAAGAUGGGCGAAAUUGUUCCUAAUGCGUCAGGGAAUGUUGUCGCAACUCCAAUGGUUGAUGUUGUGGAUCACUCCGCAGCCGAAAUGAAAAUCAUGGACGAGCAGCAGCUUCAGCGUCAACAUCAGCCACUUAUCAACAGUACCUGUGAUAAAAUUGAGCCAUCUGAAUGCAGUAAGGAGACGAUCGUUGCCAUGAAACAAGUGGAUGCUAGGGAAGAUGUGGAGUCCGUGGCAUCAGCGGCUACCACGCCAGCAAUUGCUGCUGUUACCCCACACACACCAAAGCCGGAAGCGUUAGCAACAAAUCCGGAGGUGGCCAACCAAUUUGUAAGCUACUUACAAAACGUCGAACUAGCAGCUGAAACCAAAGCGCCUUUGGACAAUUCAAACGAGGCAGAUUUAACGACAGGAACAAAUAGCCAUGAUUUCGUUUUCUCAGAUACUAUCGAUCACGCAUAUUUUCAAGAACAUCAAUCAACCAUCAAUCACAACUUUUUUACUUCAUCUUCAUCGUCCAACACGGCGACAACUGCAGCUAAUAAACUGGAAGAGCAUAGUGAUAAGCCGGAGGACUCACCGCUCCCCAUUGCAAGCUCAAUUUCUGGGUCGACGCCGGCCAGUUCGAUUACAUCGACCAGCUGCACAUCGUCCUCAUCCUCCUCUGCCUCAAUGUCAUCUUCAUGCUCCAGUAGCAAUUCCGGCUCGACGACGACCGCGCCCACAACUUCAUCGUCGGCCGGAGCACCGACGGCUCCACUGACGCUGGCAGCAGCAGCUGAAACCACGUUGGCAAAUGUCCAAGCCAUGCUUUCAACUGUGGCCAAGUUACAGCAGCAGCAGCAGGAGUUACCCGUGGAGUUGAACUCCAAUGAAAUGUACCAGCAUGUGCAGCACGAUUGGAACUUUGGUGACAUUAAGUUAAGCAGUUCGCAGUCGAGCGGAGAUCAGCAGCGAAAUCUUAGCCAUGAAGCUAUCGAUCUGAUGGAUGUAGUGCAAGAUGCCGACGUCAUCGACGAUAUUAUGCACAACGAUGUGUGCCACGAUGUGCUCGGUGACGAAGAUGAUGGUGAUCAAGAGGAGGACGAAGACGAUGAGGUGGUAGAAUGUAUGACGGAGGAACAGCAGUUGAUUGAUGAAGACAGCGAAGCUGUUCGCGAAAUAGUGGACAAACUGCAGCAGCAUCAGCAGCAACAAAAUCAGCAGCAGCAUCAUCAACAGUUGCAUCUCCAGGAUGUGGUCCAAUUGGCUCAGCAUUCGUUUAUGCCGCAGGCGCAUAGCGAAUUUGGAAAUGAUAUCGGCCAGGAAAUGCUCUGUGAUGCUGUACCAAUGUCUGCUGCCGAAAUGGAAGUGUCCAGCACGGUGAUAACCAAUAGUAGCAAUAGCAACGACAGCAGCAACAACCUAAGCCUAUGCAGCAGCACCAACAGUCUUACCAUUAAUCAAAUGCCGCACCAAGCAUCGCAACAGCCGCAACAGAACGCUCAGUCCAAUGCACAGCAGCAAAGGCAGAUAUUGGUGGAUUCCAAUGGUCAGAUAAUUGGCAACUUUUUGCUUCAGCAGCAACGCCAGCAGCAGCAACAGCAACUACUACAACAGUUCACGCUGCAGGCGGCGGCAGCACAGCAGCAGCAACAACAGCACCAGCAACAACAGCAGCAGCAACAGCAAGCAACAAGUAGCAAUUCCUUGGGCAAGACAUUACCAGUGGCUCUCCGCAACGGAGCCCAGCAGUUCUUGUCUCCCAACCUGAUCGCACAGCAACAUCAGCAGCAGCAGCAGCAACUGGAGCAACAUCAACAGCAGGCUGCGGCACAACAAAAGCAUCAGCAAAUUCAGCAGUUUGCCCUGCAGCAGGCGCAACUACACCAGCGACAACUCCUCGCCCAGGCCGCCAACAACAAUCUGCUACAGCAGCAGCAACAACAGCAGCAAAAUGUUGCACCACCAACAACACAGGCUAAGUUCAUAGCAAAGCCUCUGAACAUCAUCUCAAUGACGCGUCCUGCCAAUGUAUCACCUACCACAGCAGCAACGACGGCAAAUACCGCAUCUAUUCCGUCCGCCUACGCCAAUGUUGUUGCUGUGACGGGCGCGCAACAGCAGCAAUCUCCGCCAGUACCUGCCCCCCAGCAGCAGACAGUCCAACAACAACAGUUGGUAAAUCACAACAGUAGUAUGCAGCAGUUACCCAACGUGCUGACUAUGAAAACCCUGCCACCAUCGGGAGUGCCAACCACCAUUGCCCAGCAAAGAUUGCAGCCGAAAAUGCCAACGGGAAAGGGGCGCAAGGCAACCAGUAAUAGAUUACCACCGGGUGCAGUUAAUCUGGAGCGUAGCUAUCAAAUCUGCCAGGCUGUAAUCCAGAAUAGUCCAAACCGCGAGAAUCUCAAGGCUCAGUUGCGACCGCCUGCGGCGAUUCUCAACCAGCAUCAGCCGACGACAACCACUGCGCCAGCACCUAUAAACCCUGUGACCUUGAAUGUUUCAACGGUGGCUGCCACACCCAUGUCCAACAUAACGACGGCCAGUGGCAGCAUGGCAGCUGCUGUCGCUGCAGCACCACCACAAAAUGUAUUAAAGCAAGAGGAGCUGUUGGUCAGUGGAGCAGUUGGUGCCGGAGCUCUGCCCGCUGGAUUGCCGCCGAAUGUCAUGGGUGUCGGACGUCCGGGAGUAUACAAGGUUAUUGGACCGCGUAUGAGUGGUUUCCCAAGGAAGAAAUAUGUCCAACGGAAGCCGUCACCCACAACGCUCAUCCGGCAUGUGUUUAGUCCCGGACCCGGAGGAGCUACAGCCACCGCUCAGCAAUUGCAGAUGCUACAGCAGCAUCAUCAGUCGACGACCUCGCCAGUGCCUGUACAAAAUCCUCAGCAGCCUGCACCGGAGCAGUUGAUACACCAGAAUGGCAAUGGACAAUAUGUUCUCGUUCAUCGGGCCAAUGUGGGUGCAGCUGACAAUCAAGCGCCUAGAGCCUCCAGUGCCCCGCCAAUGCAUCAAAACCAGUUUGUUACUGUUCAGAAUCCGCUGCACAGCAUAAACGGCAUUCCUAUGGGUGGACGCGGGCGUCCAGCAUCGGUGGACACAACGGCUGGCAGCGGCAACGUUAUAGCACCACAAAUUUCCGCCACAGAUGCGUUGCAUCAUCAUCACCACGAAAUGCAGCAGCAGCAGCAACAUCAGCAGCCGCAGCCGCUGGGCAAUGUAGGCGCAGCCGCGAAUAUUGUGCGGCGCAAUAUCGCUGCAGGACCCAACAUCGCGUACAUUGACGGCAGCAAUACCAACUCAUCGGCUGUCGCGCUUAUGGAAGCUGGCAACAACUACAUAGUGACGACCAACGCAUCACCAACUGCAGCACCUUCGCCGAUCAACCAGCAGCCACAAUCGCAGCCAACAGCGACUCAGCAUCAGCAUCAAUUGCUGCAAUUGCAUCAAAGCGGGGAGAACACUCCGCCGGGCAAUGAGGCUACGGCCACGGCGAACAACUGCGCCUGCUCACUCAAUGCGAUGGUGAUCUGCCAGCAGUGCGGAGCCUUCUGCCACGACGACUGCAUCGGUUCGGCCAAGCUGUGUGUCGCCUGUGUGAUUAGAUGAGGUGGAUAACGUAUUGUAGUUACUUAGAGACCCGUACUUUUAGUCGAUCCCAGUAGAGAGGUACCAACCAAAUGUUUGAAUUGUGAACUAUAGCAAUCAAAGAGAAAUAGCAAAAACCAAGUGUACAACAAACAAAUUAGAACAACGGACGUGCAGAGGCUUACGCACAGACACAGCAAUGGCAACAAUACAUAAAUGUAAUUAAAAUUCAUUUGCAAUUCAUGUAAACUAAGAACACUGGCAAUUCGUAACACUUUUUGUAUAAAGAUAGGAUCGAGGGGUUAGGCCUAAAAUGCAAGCUAGUGUUGUCUAUUUUGUGCUUGUUGCAUAUCCCUUAAGAUACUCGUUAUUUUUUGUGAUUGUUUAAGGAUAUCACAAGCACGUAAAAAAUAAUAGAACUUGAUAUGGAUAUCAUUUAAAAUACAGCAAAGCAAGUAUGAUCGAAGAAAUGGCAUAGGCAUAAACAAUGGAAAACUAAAGAAUUAAUUCUAAUGUAAAUAUUUAUGUUUUAAAUGUAAUUUAUAUAAAGCAUUAUGAAGUACAUGCGAGGUUAGGUUAGCAUAUGGACUCACUCACGUCGGAUGACUAUAUUUUUAUAAUUUAAUCGCUGUAUAUGCGUGAUUUGAUUGGUUCGUUUUUGAUUACGCGAACAUGAUCAAUACUUAUUAUUAGUUAAGCAUACUUAAGUUUACAGUGUAAUUUAUGAAAUAUUCAUAAUGUAUUUGGAGAACGCUUUGGCCCAGCGCUUAGGCUAUAAUUUGUAAUACUUUAAGUUUAGUAUUAUCCACCCAAACGAUCUAAGACUCUUCAUGCCCACAUUUCUUUAGCAUGUAGCGUAUAAAUGUAACUGUAAUACACGUAAUUGAUUUCUAAACGAGACCCUAUAUGUUAAGCUAAUAACUGUUGAUAAAUACAAAAAUACAAUGAAAAUUAUAAAUGAGAUACACCAUAAACGGAAAACCAAACACAUUAUGAGAAAACUACACAAAUUAUUGCCAGUAAAUCAAUAACAUCAGCAAGAAGCAAUGGCGAUCUAAACUAAAUUCAAAAACAAAACUUAAACGAAGAACAUUUUGCUCCUAAAUGCACUCACCGCAAAAUUAACCAAUACAUAAACAUUAUUACAAAUAAAUUUGAAAAUAAGAAAGUAAUACGAUGAA